AUGGACGACAAGGAGGACAACCAGCGCAUGCGUUCGAUCGCUUUCGUCGCCGUCACGGUGUCGACGGCUGCAGUGAUUGCCUCCGCGAUCACCACUCCGAUGCUUUACAGUUACGUCCAAACUCUUCAGAGCCAGGUCAAUGCAGAAAUGGACUUCUGCCGUAUGCGCUCUCGUGAUAUGCUCGUCAGCAUGUACAAAAUGGCACCGAAAGGACGCGCUAAAAGAGGGUGGCUUUUCGGACAGUGGGUGCCCGACGGUGGAGCAGGUGGUGGAGCUGAAUAUGGUGCACCUGAGGCUAGUGUAGCCGGCUAUGCUCCAGCUCCUCCACCGAGCAGUGGUUAUGGACCUGUUGUUAAUCCGGAGCCCGAUCCUCAAUGCUGUACUUGCCAACAAGGACCUGUUGGACCUCCUGGACCACCUGGCGAUGACGGCAAAGACGGUCGUGAUGGAGACCAGGGUAACGAUGGAAAGGCUGGACGUGACGGUGGUAUUGAACCAUCUGAUGGACUUCAAUCAGAGCCCUGCAUAAUUUGUCCACCAGGACCACCUGGACCUCCAGGCAACGCUGGUGCGAAAGGACCUCAGGGACCUCGUGGUUCACCUGGUCUAUCUGGAGUUGAUGGUCGCCGCGGAGAACCUGGAAUGGUUGGACCUACUGGACCUGGUGGAGAACCCGGAAUACAAGGACCUAAAGGAAAGAAAGGAGAGGAUGGUCGCGUCAUCAAUGUCAAUGGGCCACCUGGACCACCCGGACCUCCAGGGCCACAAGGCCGAAAAGGAGAGCGUGGGCCGAAAGGCCGUACCGGAUCUGUCAUCCCUGGACCACAAGGACCACCAGGAGAUCAGGGAAAGAAGGGACGACCUGGGCGCAAAGGAGAACCUGGAGGCCAAGGACCACUCGGAGCGAAAGGACCCGAAGGAGACUGUGUCCACUGUCCCACUCCUCAUGAACAGCGCCAGAUGCGGCGUGUCGCCUUCUUCGCCGUUGUCAUGUCCACUGUCGCCGUUAUUGCAAGUGUUGUCACGUUGCCCAUGCUGUACAGCUAUGUUCAGUCCUUCCAGAGCCACCUCAUCGUUGAAACUGAGUAUUGCAAGACUCGAGCUCGGGAUAUAUGGGUGGAGAUGCAGGUGCUACACAAAGCCGGCGUUUCGCGUUCGAAAAGAGAAGCAUCUGGCACUUGGCUCUUUGGACAGUUUGUUCCCGAUGGGGGAGUAGGUGGUGGAGGUCAAUACGUAGUUGGCCGUACUGAAGAAAGCGUAACUAAGCACGUUCAAACUGUUGAGUUGGGACUAACAUGCUGUCCUUGUCAACAAGGACCUGCCGGACCUCCUGGGCCACCCGGAGACGACGGACAGGCAGGAAACGAUGGUCACCUUGGAGUACCAGGCAAUCCCGGAAAAGUAGGGUCCGUGCUUUCAUCAGCUCUGCCACCAGCAGAGCCAUGCUUAGUGUGCCCACAAGGAAAAGAAGGAGCAGUCGGGAUGCAAGGGCCAAGGGGUCCUCCUGGUCCUAAAGGAAAGUCCAUGGAACGAGCAUCCGACGGGAAACCUGGCAUGAUGGGACUGAUCGGACCUCCCGGGCCACCAGGAGGAGUGGGUGAGCCUGGAUUACCAGGAGUGCAAGGGCAGCCAGGUCGCGUUAUUCAGGUAAACGGUCCAGCAGGACCAGCAGGACCUCCAGGCUCGAAAGGGCUCCCAGGACCUAGAGGAGUACGGGGAGUAGAGGGCAUAACCGAAGGCGGACUUCAAGGACCUUCUGGAGAUAUGGGACGACCUGGACCGAGAGGUGGACCAGGACCACAAGGACCUCCUGGACCAUUGGGAUCAGCGGGCGACGAAGGUACGUGUGACCACUGUCCUCAACCUCGAACACCACCUGGUUAUUGA